AUGUGGAUUCACAGACAGGUGUUCAGAGCUGUGGCCAUAGCCUCGCCAUCCUCUUCUGUCUCUUGUAUCAGAAGGUGUCGAUGUGCUGGGGGAGGGGAAGCUGGCAGGCCAGGGCACCCGCUUCACACACCUGCCAAGGAAAGCUCCCAGAAGCACCUGUGGGCACAUUCUAGACUGUUCUUUAGCAGGAGGGAGCCUUUGCUGCCCCAGGGUAUAGUACCUCCCCCAGCUCCAGCCAAGAGGCAGCACCUGGGUCUUUCCUGGAUGACAGGACCUGCUGUUGCCUUCCCUCCCCCAAUCUGGCGGAGCUGCCUCGCUCCACAUCCUUGCCCUGCACCCCUGAGUGGGCGAGGGCAGCAGAGUGGUUGCGCUGAGGUCACGCUGUGUUCUGGCCUGACCCAGGGGUCACACAGGAGGGCCGACCAGCCUGCCCAGGGACGUCAGAUAACCGCCAGCACAGCUGCUGGACUCGUGGGUCCCCACCAGGCCCCCUGCUCUGGGGGCGGCCUGAAGCGUGCUCAGUUCCUAAGCCCUGGGGCGCAGUUCUGGGGUCUUAGGUCCCCCGAGACCCUUUGUGAGCUCACUGCCCGCCAGCCCCCCUGCUGCUGGGGGGGCCCAAGGCCACUGCUGGUUGGCCACGUUCCCACCCUCUUCCAUUUUUCUCCCAGUUUUAUUGAGAUGUAG